UCUGAAAAGGGUAAGGGCCUUCACCUUAGGUUUCAAUCGACGAAUCCGCUUAUCUCGACCCAUUUCAUUCCGGUCGCCGUCUCCUUCCUUUCAAGAUUAUUCCUACGAUUCGCGCUGUGGGGGAUCUCUGAUCGCAAUUCGUGGCUUUCGAGCUCCCAGCGUCAUCAUAAUCUCUAGGUCUUCUACUACAGCUGGCGUGAGAUUAUUAAGGAGGAAAAAAAUAGAAUUAAAAAAAAGAAAACAAAGAUUUCUUUUCUCUUUUGUAUGUCUCCAUCUGUUUAUUUGUUCUCCGUAGUUGUGAAAUUUGGUGGUUACAAUUACGGACCAGAAGCGCGUGAUCGGAUAUGCAGAAGAGUGGGAGUCUGUCGAGGAGUAGUGAUUCUCCGUCUGUGAGAGUGUCGUCGUCGCCACCGCCACCGUCUCAGCAGUCGGUGAGGCGGCUGAGCUUGUGCUCCCAAAUAGCUACCCACUCUUCCCCAAUUGUGUUCCCAGAGAAACGUAGUAAAAAGCACAAGGCUUCCUCCAAACGCAGUGAAGCCCUCGUCGCGGAUGAUCAAACUGAUAAACCUAAGACAGAAGAGCAUCGAAUCGACAUUGGAGGGGAUGAAAAGUCGGAUUUGCUUGGUUACGUAGUUUACUCAGGGAAGCUCAUUUUCGAUAAGAGAAAGAAUGCCCCGACUAUUACUACUCCCACCGAUGUAGAGCAGAAUUCUUCUACUGAUAUUGCCGACCAAGGAGCUGUUGCUGCUAAACUCACUAGCAAGGCAUUGGUUUGGGGUUCCCAUGUCUUGUCUCUUGAUGAUGUCAUCUCGGUUUCUUACAAUGUCGGUGUUAGACAUUUCACUGUGCAUUCUUACCCUCUAAAAAAGGGUUCUUAUGGCCUUUCAUGCUUUAUUAAACCAAAGAGAAGUCGAAAGGAUUUUCGUUUCUUGGCUUCUAGUGUAGAAGAAGCUGUUCAAUGGGUUGGUGGGUUUGCAGAUCAACAGUGUUUCAUCAAUUGUUUGCCUCACCCUUUAGUUUCUUCAAAGAAGCAAGCUUCUUCUGAAUUGUUUCCAAUGGAUGCUCCUCCUGAGCUCGUCUUCAGGUGCAGGAAUCCACCAAAAAUGCUCGUUAUAUUGAAUCCAAGGUCAGGUCGGGGUCGAUCUAGUAAAGUUUUCCAUGGAAUUGUUGAACCUAUAUUUAAGCUUGCAGGGUUCAAAUUGGAGGUAGUCAAAACAACAUCUGCCAGCCAUGCUAAAAGGCUGGCUUCUACUGUUGAUAUCAGCACAUGCCCUGAUGGAAUAAUAUGCGUUGGUGGUGAUGGGAUAAUCAAUGAGGUUCUGAAUGGUCUGCUUAGUAGAGAUAAUCAGAAAGAAGGAAUUUCUAUACCCAUUGGAAUUAUACCAGCAGGUUCAGAUAAUUCACUGGUUUGGACUGUUCUUGGAGUUAGAGAUCCAAUCUCUGCUUCGAUUUCUAUUGUGAAGGGAGGUCUUACAGCUACAGAUGUUUUUGCUGUUGAGUGGAUUCAGACUGGUAUUAUUCACUUUGGAAUGACGGUCUCCUAUUAUGGUUUUGUCAGCGAUGUCUUAAAACUUUCUGAGAAAUAUCAGAAGCGAUUUGGUCCUCUACGAUAUUUUGUUGCUGGGUUCUUCAAGUUUUUGUGUUUGCCAAAAUACAACUAUGAAGUGGAGUACCUUCCUGCAGAAAAGGAGGAUCAAGAAGGUCAAGAAGUAGUUGACAUGUCAGACCUGUACACAGACAUUAUGAGGAGGUCAUACAAAGAAGGCAUUCCUAGAGCCUCGAGUUUAUCUAGUAUUGAUUCAAUAAUGACUCCUAGCCGAAUGUCUGGAGGUGACAUGGACACUAGUAGUAGCAUUCAUGCCAGCACCGAACCAUCUGAGUAUGUACGAGGCCUUGAUCCUAAGACUAAAAGGCUGUCAUCUGGAAAAAGAAAUGUAACAGCCGAGCCUGAAGUUAUUCAUCCUCAGUUACCACUCUCUUCAACUCUAAACUGGCCACGGACCAGAUCUAAAUCAAGGACAGAUAAAGGAUGGAGUGGAUCGACUGCAGCACCUGAUCCUUCAAGAUGUUCUUGGGGUAGUGCUGCAACAUAUGAUAGAGAGGAUAUAUCUUCGACAUUGUCUGAUCCUGGUCCAAUUUGGGAUGCGGAACCAAAGUGGGACUCUGAGGCUAAUUGGGAUGUGGAAAAUCCGAUUGCGCUACCAGGACCAUCAGAUGAUGUUGAGUCGGGAAUAAACAAGGAAGUUGUUCCAAGACUCGAAGAUAAAUGGGUUGUGACCAAGGGACCAUUUCUUGGCAUCAUUGUGUGCAACCAUGCAUGCAGAACAGUGCAGAGUUCUCAGGUGGUUGCUCCAAGAGCUGAACACGAUGACAACACCAUGGAUUUACUCUUAGUUCACGGGACUGGGCGACUGAGGUUGAUGAGAUUCUUUUUGCUGCUACAGAUGGGUAAACACGUUUCACUGCCAUAUGUUGAAUAUGUCAAGGUGAAAUCAGUUAAGAUUAAGGCUGGGAAACACACACAUAAUGGUUGCGGCAUUGACGGUGAGUUUUUCCCCCUCAACGGACAAGUAGUAUCAUCUUUGCUUCCGGAACAGUGCAGACUAAUUGGUCGCUUCCCCAACCGACAUGUAUAAUGAUUGAGAGAGGUGUUUUUUGGAAAUUUCUUUUUGUCAUUACCUUGGAUGCCGAUGCUCUCUUCUCUACCCGUGAGUAUCCUUAUAGUAAACAAUGUCUUGUGAUAUAUUUUACAUGUUAAUCCCUCCCCAUUUGUGCCAUUACAUAAAUACAGUGAGAAUCCCUGUAAAUUUUUGUUGGGUUUUUGUAUCUGUUGCUUGUUUAUUUAACUUUUUACUCUAUGGUAAAUACGCUUUUCUCUUGUUUGACUCUGUGUGACUGAAAGAUUCUAAAUGUAUGAAAAUUCACCCUUCUUUGUUUA